CUUAGUCGUUAAUACACUUUAAUUAAUUCCUUAAUCACUUGCUCCUCUUUCAUUUCUUACUUCUCUAAUUAAGUACCCAAUUAAGUCCUGAAACACUCUUUUAUUAUAAACUCACAGCACUUAGCUUUUAGCUAUGGCCAUGGUGGUCGACGACACCAUCAUCCCCGAACUAGACUUUUCUAGUUACACCACCACCACUACGAGCGAAGAUGACUAUGUGUGCACUUGGAACGAUUGGUCUCCAGUGGUGGACUGGGAAGAACUUUCCGGAGGCCAUGACAAUUUCCAUGACCUCAUCGAAUCCAUGAUGGAUGAUAACGCCGAGUUGCAAGGAUUAUCUUGCAACUCGGUGUCGUCCACUGAUAUGAUGGUGAUAGAAGAGCACAUGGAAAUGAACAGCAGUAGCAGUGGCAGUGAUGGUGGGAUCGAUGACUUCAAAGGGCUAAGGUUGGUCCACCUCUUGAUGGCCGCGGCGGAGGCGCUGACCGGAGUCAACAAGAGCCGGGAACUGGCUCGGGUGAUAUUGGUUCGGCUCAAGGAGUUGGUGUCCCCAACCGACGGCUCCAACAUGGAAAGGUUGGCGGCGCAUUUUACCGACGCCUUGCAAGGUUUGCUAGAUGGCGCCUGUGGGUUGCAUAAUAAGCACACGUUAACAAAUGGACCCCACCAUCAUCAUCGUGAUGAUCACCAUCCAACGGACGUCCUUGCUGCGUUCCAGCUGUUGCAGGACAUGUCACCCUAUGUUAAGUUCGGACACUUCACGGCUAAUCAAGCCAUUUUAGAAGCUGUGGCUCAUGAUAGGAGGGUCCAUAUUGUGGACCAUGAUAUCAUGGAGGGGAUCCAAUGGGCUUCCUUGAUGCAAGCUUUGGUGUCUAGAAAGGAUGGCCCACCUGCCCCACACCUUCGGAUCACAGCCAUAUCACGAGGUGGGAGCUGCCGCCGGUCGAUCGGGACAGUCCAAGAGACCGGUCGGCGAUUGGUUGCUUUUGCAGCGUCGAUCGGUCAACCGUUUUCUUUCCAUCAAUGUAGAUUGGAUUCAGACGAGACAUUUCGACCGUCCGUUUUGAAAUUGGUAAAAGGUGAGGCUUUGGUGUUCAAUUGUAUGCUACACUUACCUCACUUUAAUUAUCGGACACCCGAGUCGGUUACUUCAUUUCUAUCCGGGGCGAAGACGCUAAACCCGAGAUUAGUAACACUAGUGGAGGACGAAGUAGGACCCAGGAGCGAAGGAGGGUUCAUGGGCCGGUUCAUGGACUCCCUGCACCAUUACUCAGCAAUGUAUGAUUCGCUCGAGGCUGGGUUUCCAAUGCAGGGCCGGGCUCGAGCUUUGGUGGAGAGGGUGUUCUUUGGGCCCCGAAUAGCCGGGUCGUUGGCCCGCAUCUACCGUGCGCGUGGGGUGGAGGAAAGCUGCUCUUGGGGGGAGUGGUUGUCUGCGGUGGGAUUCCAUCCUAUUAAAAUAAGCUUCGCCAAUCAUUGCCAAGCAAAGUUGUUGUUGGGACUGUUCAAUGAUGGGUAUAUGGGGGAGGAAUUAGCUAACAAUAGGCUUGUUUUGGGCUGGAAAUCUCGGCGUCUUCUCUCGGUUUCUGUUUGGACCUCCUCAGAUUUUGAUUUGUAAAUUAGUCCUCUUUUGUUUCCACUAUUUGUUCUUCUACCCCUGUUUUUUCAUUUGUCUCACACUAGAACCCCCAUGAGUUUUUUUAUUUUUAUUUUAUAGUAUUUGUUUUUAAAGCACAUUCUAGGCAGUCCAAUGUUGUAAACCAAGAGCAACAAUUUUAAGUUGGUUUUUAGAGCUAGAUGUACAGGUCCUAAAAUUUUUGAUCUUCUUAAAUGUUGCCUCUAUUAUGUAAUUUGCAUGGAUUUCGAAGUUGUGUUUUCUUUUCUUUUUCCUAAAUAUAUAUAAAUAUUUUUUUCCCUGC